AUGAGUGAUUCGCAGCGUGAUAGUGGGUCGCCGACGGCUGAAGAAAAGCCUAAGGUUUGUAGGAUAAUAGGAAUUUUCAAAAUUUGAAAAAAAAUUUUUUUAGGAAAACUCGACGACCAAGGAAACCAAAGAAGCUAAAGAAACCAAAGAAAAUGAAAAGGUUGAGAAGAAAACCGACUCAAAGUCAACCGAGAAAGCAAAAGUCAACGGGAGCGCUAAAGACAAGGAAAAGGAUAAAGACGAUAUCCAGAGGAUCGGGAAACCGAACAAGCGACAUUUCUUGGACCAUAUCGAGAUCCAACGUGUAAGAUCUGUUCUUUUUUUUCAAUUUAUAGUCUGCUCAGAUUUUUUGAGGUCAAGUCAUCGCUCAAACUCCGCCUCUUAUGCGUAAAUCAAAUCAAUCAAAGAGCGAGCCAUUCACAGAGCGUUAUUGGGGGCGGAGUUUGCUGAAAGCAUUUUUUGAACUUUGCUCUGAAAAUUCUCCCUAAUAAUUGCAAAAGAGUAUAUGAUUGAAAAUUUUGAUAUCUAAAAAAAGAGGCCGCUCGCAAUAAAGUGGUAAAUUGGUUUACCUUGAUUAACCCCAAAAGUUACCUGCGGACUCGAAAUCAAUUUAAUCCUAUUCAGAACCUUCUAUAAACGUCUCAUACCGGGAUUUCGAAAACUUUCAGAUUUUUGUGCAAUAAUUGGUCAUUUACCAUUUUUAGGUAAGGUAAGUUCAUGUAAUUUUUUUUUUUGCAAACGGUCCUGGAUCUCCCAAUAAAUCGAGUUAUUUUGAAAGACGUUUAUCAAUCAAUCCUUGUUCAGUAGCCUCGCCUGAAAUGAUUACAAUAAAAACCAACUUCAUGUCUCGAGAAAUUUUUUUUCUCCCAAAAGACCCGAAAAAGAUUUUUGACUAGCAUAUGGUAGUGAAACAGAAAAAAAACGUUUUUUCGUGUUAAGGAAGCUUUGAACCGUGUGAAACUCUACGUUCUGUGCGAACAGCGAGUUUGGGACGACCGAGGUACCGGCCACGUGAUGUGCAUCAGUGCAAACGACGAAGAGGAGCCUCAGAAUUCGUCUUCUUUCGUCAUUGUCGUCCGACUUGAAGCCCAAGGUUCGAGAAAAUCAAAAAAUAAUGAUAAUUGUGUCGUGAAAUUCAGACAAAAACGUUUUGGAGUCGAGGAUUCUGAUGGACACAGUGUACCAGAAGCAACAGGUCAGUUAGUCGGGGAAAUGAGCCGUUUCUGAAAAAAUAAGCUGUGUUCGCUCUCUGCUUCUUCUGUGUUUGCCUUUGUAGUUGCGAAAAGAGACGUCGCGUUUCUUUUUCUUGAUUUCGUCAUGCUUUCUUAUUGUUUAGAAGUAGAAAAAUAAAUGAAUAGGAUAGUUUUCUGUUAGGUAUUUGGCUUCCAUUUGAAAAAAAACUAGUUUUCCUUGAGUUUUUGAGAUUAAAAAUUUUUUUAGAUCUUCGGAUUAAUUGAUUUCCAUUCGGAAAAAAAAAUAUAUUUCUUCUUUGAAAAAUUUUGUUUCAGUUCUGAGAAACAUUUUUUUUUCCCGUCUUUAUACGAUUGAGAUUUGUCACGUUACCCAACCAGCUGAAGAUGAAGAUUCGGUUUUCAACAUUUUUCGGCUUUUUUGUGAUAUCGCAAUUUCUUAAUGAGCUAUUAUAGUAGACUUAAGUUUUUUAUUUCGAAAAAUGUCUUCCAGCCUUGCCAUAAGAUUGAAAACUGUGAAAUGAACGUUCCAAAAGUUUUUUGAGAAAAUUUCUUCACAAAGUGUUUUGCGGGGGUGAUAUAGAAACCGUUUCGCUGGAAAAUGUUUUGAAAAUUUUGAGAAAAACGUUGAUAUGUAGGUCGUUAAAGACUACGCUUUCGAGCACAGCACCAAGGAUUUUUUUGUAUGGAUUUUUUUGUAAGAAAUAUAUAUAAUAAGAAAAAUAUGCGAUAAGUAAUGAACAAAAAAGCUGAAAUUAAUAGUUUGUAAUUAUUUUUUUACAUAUAAUUUGAAUUUUGAUUAACUUCACAAGAUUCGUGUCAAAAUUCAAUAUGCUAGGUCAUGAACGUGUUUCAAGAGGAGUGUGACACUGGAAAACGCUAGGAAACAUGAAAUUUGAUACGUCACGACUUACAUAACUGCCGCGUCUUCGCCUUUCGUUCAGAACGGCCUAAAUGAAUAUUUUGAAUUGAAUGGCUGACCGCAAGUCUGCGCGAUUUGAAAUGGUGAAUGUCGAUUUUUUUUUUUUUUUGAAAAAUCAAAAUUUUCAUGAAAAGUUUCCCAGGCAUAAUCCGAUUUUCUUCGAUUUUUUCAGGGCUUUUUUUGAUUCAUCAUAGAGUAGAAUAUAAAAGCUGUUUUAUAAUCGUUCCUCGUUUUAUUCGCCGGAAGUCGCAAACACAAGGUUUUCAUGAAAAAUUUAAGAAGGCUUUUAACCAUUUUUCCGGAAAAGAAAUCUCUUCCAAGAAAUUGAUAAAGGCUCAACGAAACACAAAAAAAAAGUUGAACGAAUGAAUUUUUUUUCGUCGUAGAGCACUUCUUUUUCUGCGAUUUCUCAGACAUGAGAUUUUUUUUAUCGGAGUCUUCGAAAAAUUUAUAUAAAUUCCUUUCAAUUUUUUUUUCCGAUUUUCUACAAAGUCUAAUAAUUAUUGAGCAAGAAAAUUGUUUGGAAAAAACAAUUUAAUAUUCAAAAAAGGCCUGGUAAAAAAUUUUACUUUUUUUAAAACAAAAAUAAUGGUCCUCAAGAAAUCGAAAAGGUCGGAGAAGUGCCUGAGAGAAACUCAAAAGAAACGGAGAAAGUUAGUUGCGCGAAAAUCCAAGGUUCGAAUUAAAGCGACGUGUGGUUUUGUGCGUGCGCGUGUAUCCCAUCCAUGUGUGUAGGUUUUUCCUUCUUCUUCUUCUUCUCCUUGGGUGAUUCUUUCCGCUUUCCGGCGGCUCUCGCUGCGUCUCUAUUUUCGCACGAUUGCGGCGGUGUCCAUCGCCGCCUGGUAUAACGUCUUUUUGCCCCUUUUCCUUAGGCCUGACGACGUCUCCUCACCCCCACGUUUUAUUCAUUUCACAUCCUCCUUUUUUUUUUCUGCCGUUCGACUUCCAAGCUUUUCCCUCUUGUGAGAGCCGAGCACAUGCCCAGCGCGCAACGUCAAUUUCUUCUUGUGAGCCCGCGCUGCUUUGUUGUAAUUCUUCCAUUCCCUAUUUGCACCUGCCGUCGUGCUUCUCUUUCACUUGGAAAAAAACACUUGCUAAUUGGGAUUAAUGGACUUAUCUUUUAAAAAAAAGUACCUUUAGAAAGUAGACAUGCUGGUCUCUUUGCACCUGGGUUCCCCUUCUUGAGAACAAAUUGGGAUAUGAAGAUUCUCUGAUGGACGUAUUCGAGUGAAUAUUUUCUAAAAGUUCUUUUUAGACCCGGUAAAAAAUAUUCUUGUCGAAGCAGAAAUUAAGAAAGGAGAACAAAUAUCAAAUCAUUCAUGCGAACAUUCAAGCUUUUAAAGAAAUUCAUAAGUGAUGUUUGCUCUUUCAAAUCUGUUUGUUUACACUUUUUCCUGUUUCAAAUGUAAAAACUUUGGAAUCGAAUCGAAAGAAAACAACAAUAAUAUUCAUUGUGAUGUUCCGGCUGUUUUUCUUCUCGAUUUUCGUCUUUAACUUUUUUUUUUCUCAAAGGAAUAAUUAGGCUUUUGCAUACAUUUUUUUUAUCGAAUUUAGCAACCCCUAAAAGGAGUUCAAGGCAGUAAAUGGUGUUUUUUUUCCAUCUUCGUAUCAAGAAAGUCGACAUUUUGAUGCCCUGAAAAAUCUCUUAUAGUUUUAUCAUUUCUCCAAAUUUCAAGGAUAUCAUUCUUUCACAAUGAUCCUUUUUUUAGAACACUAGAAAAACUUUUUUUCUUUUUCGCUUUUCGAUUAGUAUUCCUUUCUAUAAAUGGAAUAAUGCAUAUUUCUUCAUUUUUUUUGGGGGGGGUAAUAUCUACUUUCUUGAUUUGCGUUUAGAUCAAAAAGAGAUAUUAUUAGAAUUUGAAUCGAAAUGUAUGCCUAAAAAAAUUGUUAGGUCAUUUCUUUUUGUAGUUUGGUUUUUUUCUCGUAAGUCAGAGGUGAAAAAAAUUAAGUAAGAGAAAAAUCUAGUUUUAGAGAAGUUUUCUAUCGUGAUCUUCUUUCACAAAUACCCCAGUGUUUGAAGGUUUUCUUGAACUCUUAUAAGAAACGUAUUGUGUCGGAAAUGAAUGAGGUUUGUUGUGGACAGGGGCAUCGCUUCAAACGCAACUCAAAAUGGAUUUGUUUUGGCUGUCAGCCAACGGAACGAAGAGAGGAUGAGGACGACAGACGGUGAGAAACGAAGCAAAACCGCCGUGGUCUGGAUAAAUGUUUCGAGAAGAGGGCGCCAGGCGACAAAAUGCCUCCCACUGAGUGGUUUUUCUAUUUUUUUUAUUCCUGCACGCGCUUGAAAGAUAUGCUUCCAAUUUCGCGCUCUUGCUCAUUAGAAAUCGCUUUUCAAAAGUUUCUCUCGUUAUUUUUGGACGCCACACGCAUUCGGAGUAUAUGAAAAACAGAUUGGACAUGAGCCAAUUCAUUUUUGGGCUUCCAAUUCGAUUUCACGAUUUUAAAUUUCAGAUCCUUUGAAGUGUAAUAUCAAAAGAUCAAAUGAGUUCAGUGCAAAACAAACAAAGUUCAUGCCAAUCUUGAAACCGAAACUUUGUUUCAAUUUAUGAACGGCAGAGGGUAUAGCUCCCACGUUUGCGCUUUUUUUUCUCAUUAAAAAUAGCAUUCAUGAGUUUCUCUCACGUAUUUUUGGAUUCUUCCAGCUUUCUGGCAUGAAGCUUUAAUAUUCAGUGUUUUUUUUUCUCAAUCAUUAUAUUACGAAAACUUUUAAAGUUCUCAAAAACGUUUGAAACCCCAUGUUUUUAUUUGAAAAAAAACUUUUUUGUGGAACACAUAAGAUCAAAAUUUGACGAUUUUUUAUAAUUCGUUGACGUAUUGGUGAAAAAAGAAAUAGAACCUGAUGAAAACUAAAGCAAAAGCUAGGAAUUUAGUUCCAUUCAUAAAUUUUUUUUUUCGCAGAAACGUAUUUAGAACAGCUGCUUUUUGUUGCGUUCUGCAAAAUGUAUUGCUACUCAUUUUCGUCUUUUUGGUCAUAAAAUGAAGCUUUUUCAUACUUUCAAACGUUUGAUAGCCAUUUUUCGUUCCCAUAAGCGUCUUUCAAGCAGUUCUUCAAAUCUGAGAUUUUCUUCUCGUAUCCUAUAAGCUGGUAUCAACCUUUGAGUGGAGGAUCUUCUACUCCUUCUUUGUAUCAUCCGCAUUUGGUGGGAAAAGUGCUCAGAAGAAGAUUUUAGAGCGUUUUUUGCGGUCUUGUCAAUGGGUGGUUGCUCCAGCAACGUUCAUCUUACUCCUUGUUGUUCCGAAGAAAUGUUUGAGAAUCGAAUUAAUGGAAAAAGCCCAUUUGACUCAAUUUUAAACUAUGGCGUGACUUUGGCUUCGCGUCGGGGGAAUUACUGAUUUUGAGUUUUGUUCUGAAAUAUUGAGAUUCAUGGAAUUCUUUGAUUCAUUUUUUUAAAACAAAAUCCAAAUAAAUGGAAUAAAGUGUUUCCAUUUAUUUUUAAUUGAUGGUGUUGUGAAAUAUUUGGCCGAGAGGCUUUUAACAUUAAAAGAUGGAGAUUUCUUGAGCCCCCCGUCCACCCACGUUCUUAUCAGCUCUCAGGUUUAUUUGUCAACUUUUGAUAAGGUUUUGCGAGAAGCGGUUUUUGUCCUUUUUUUUUCUUUCAUUCGAUUUAUUUUUUUUUCUCGCGCAUUUCUUCAUCAACACCGUUCGUAGUUGCGUUGUUCAGAAGGAUUGGGGAAAUGCCGAAGAGCUUGACGACAUUGUCUUUUGUCGAGAAUCACGUGGAGGACGACGCGACGCCGUCGACGUCUUCUUCUUCUCCUUCGACAUCUUCCAGCUUCUUGGCCCUGGGGAAUUUCAAUGCAAUUGAGCCGGUGCUUAUUUCCAACGUGGUUAUGUAGUCGCGCCCGCUCUCCUUUUCCCCCUAAUCUCACUUCCGCCGAAGUUUUUUGAGACUUUGUAAUAAUCUUUCUGGGAGAUUUGUGGUUCAUUGGUACCAGUUACCGAGGCGAUAAAGCGUCACGCAGAUUAUGGGAAAUAUUAUUGAACUGAUAAGAAUAAUCGUCGUUGAAAUUGAAAUGGAUCAUUUUGAGGUGGUUUGAAAAGCAUUUAUCGCAUUUUCGAUUUAAAGUAAAAAGGUUCUUGUUGUAAAAUAAAUGUUGGAAUGGAUAUUAUAAUGAAGAGAAAAAAGACAGCUUAUUUUGGAUCUUCUUCAAACGUAAAAAGAAGUUUAGAUUUUUCUAAUGAUUGGUUUUAAAAAAAUAAAAAAAUAAAUAGUUAACAAAACUUUUUGAUUUUACACAGGAGUUCAUCUUGAUAGUAGUUUUCAAAGAGGCACAGCUUAUUUGUUCCAGCCGCAUUCAGUUCGACCAAAAAUCUGUAAUCGAAGAGUUUUUGCAGGAAACUCUGAUCGUGUGGUCAGAAUCGGACACUUGCGACCUGGCGCUGUCGUUCCAGGACAAGUCCGGCUGCGAGGAGAUUUGGGCGAAGAUCUGCGAGGUCCAAGGCCGAGAUCCCGGCGAUUCUGAUGCCGCCUACGAAGACCUCGACGACAGCGACACGGCAGAGUUGUCGACGACGACGAGUCGGAUGACCCUUCCUCCCAUCGAAAUCGGCCGUCUUUCGGAGCUCGAGUCGCUCCUCCAGCUCCACCUCUCCACGUCUUCAAUGCGCGAGAAGAUCGCCAACGCCAUCGAGAACGAAGAGUCCGUUUUUUGUCCUUUUUCGGGAUAAUAAUCACUUUACUCCGAGACGCAGAAAGGCGCGAUUUCCUUUAUCGCAACAGGAGAGGAACUCUCAGAAAACCACGAAAUAGCAUGCGUUGGAGAAUAGCUGCAGCGCCCUAGUAGUUCUUCAAUCACUGCAAAAAUUAAAUUCAAGUUUCGGUAAUUAUGCUCUAAAACUUCUAUACGUUUGCUUUCUGUUUCGAAUUUCGUGGCAAAAAAAAUGACUUCUGUUCAUGUUUUUGGGAUUUAACGAUGAAAGCUUUAGUAAAGAAAUAUCUCCUAAUCUCAAACAUUUUUCAUCUGCAAGGCUUCAUUCUUGUUUUCUGAAGGCACUAAUUUCAGUUCUCAACGAGUUGAAUUUCAAAAUUUGAAAGCUUUUCUGCUGUUAAGAUGUCUUUUAAUAAUGGUUAAAAAGUUUUUUUAUUUCUUGUAAGCUUUCCUACGGGACGGAUUAUAUCAAAAUCUCAAAUUCAACAUUUUCUCGAGAUUAAAAGUUCCGGCUCAUAUUGCAUUUGAUUUUGCCCCCUGAAUAAAAAACAAAUCCAGGAAGAUUAUCUUGCUCAAAACUUUGCCUCCCAACUUAUUUGUGAGAUUUGCAAUAAAUUAAAUUAAAUUUUUAACCAAAGCAAAAACUGAGAAGUUUCUCAAAAGAUGAAAAUAUUUUCAGCACCCUGCCGAAACUCUGCGAGUUGUUCCAAAUGUGCGAAGACCUGGAACAUACAGAAGGCCUCAAGACUUUCUAUUCCAUCGCCAAGAAUCUUUUCAUGCUCAACAGAACCAGCCUCAAUGAGGUUCGUCCUUCUGUUCCGAACAAAAUCAUGUUAAUAUUAUGUUUUUUGCAGUUGCUGGUGGAUGACCGGUUCAUGAAGGAUCUGAUCGGAAUGCUGGAAUAUGAUCCUUCUUUUGAUACGCCGAGGAAACAUCGCGAAUUCGUCUAUGAUAAGGCCAAAUUCCGGGAAGUUUUGCGGAUAUCCAGCGAUGAGCUAAUGUGAGGAAGAUCUCAACGGCUUUAGAAAUCGGGACGUUUUUCAGUGAUAAGAUCCAUAAAACGUACCGUGUACAGUACAUCCAGGACGUCUGCCUUCCCAGUAUGGGCCUUUUCGAGGAAAAUUUGCUCUCCGCCCUCAAUAGCUACAUUUUCUUCAGUCGCGUCGAUAUUGUCACCUUGCUCCAGGUUUGUAAAGUGCAGAAGAAAGCGCUUUUGAAGAAAGAAUGAAGCUUUUAACAUCGGAAAACCAAGAACGAUGUGAGAUAAAACGUUUUUCUUCAAGCAAAAAUCGAGCAUAUUUCUCGUAUUUUGAAACCAAAUAUCUUUUAAAUAUUUGACAGCAUAAAUUAAGGCUUAUAUAAAUGAAUGAAUUUAUCGGGAAGAUUGAAAGAAAUGUUCUAUUCCAUUUUGGCCCCUGAGAAAGAAAAUUUCACUGGGUGUCGCCAAACAUAUAAAAUGUUAAAAUUCAUCCAAAAAAUUAAAUGAUGGAAUGAAGUUGAUCAAAAUAGGCAAGGUAUAAAAUUUUACGAACCCUCUAGACUUUAAUAAAGUUUUUCAGAUUUUCUCUUAGAUCUUGAUAAACUUUUCAGGGGAUUCGAACUUUUUUAUGCUAAUAAAAAAUUUUCUUCGAAGUUUCUGUUUGCAUUUUUCAGUAAUUUCUUCAAGACUUUUUUGAGAAUUAUAAAGAGUCAAUAAUCAUGCAGAAGGACAAGCGGUUAAUGAAAGAGCUUUUCGAGCACCUCCGAGAUCCCAACACUUCCGUCGAAAGACGGAAAGAAUUGGCGCUCUUCCUCAAAGAAUUCAUCACACUCAGCCAGGGAUUGCCUCCCAGCGGAGCUCAGAGCAAGGAAAACUUCUUCAAGGCAAAUUUCAUCGAUUGGAAUUGAAAUUAAUAAGGAUGUGUCUUCAGAACCUGCAGACGAACGACGUCUUGGGAACGAUCGAGCCUUGUCUCAAGUCGCCGGACGUCGAAACCCGCGCCGCCAUGGUCGGCAUGCUUUCUUUGCUGGUCGAGCACAACCCCCAGUUGGUCCGCGACUACAUGAUCAAGCAGGCCAAGGAUAAGGAGGAGGUUCGUCUUCUCAAGUUUCUUGUAGAAAAUGAAUGAUGAAGGGAUUUCGGAGUCUUUAGUCUCAAUCUGUAUGAUUUUUAAUGUUGAGUCAAAAGUCUUACACAAAGUGAAUAGAAACAAAUCAGUGAAAAUCAACGAUUUUUUGGCUUUUUUUCUGGUAUUGUACUUUUUAUCCUAGUUUUGACUUUUUUUUUCAUAUUUUACAAUAAAGGAAAAUUUGUAGGGCGAUAUUCUGCUGAACCGUGUGAUCGUGCACAUGCUCAACGAUAAAGACCCAGAUUUGACGACAGGAUCGCAGGCGGCCUUGGUUCGUUUCUCUUUCUUUCGAAUUUUAUGAUCCUUAGCAGUGAUUUGAGUUCCUCCCUCGCUGAUAAAAAUGAAUAAAUCAAAAUUUAAAAUUUAAAAAGGAUUACAAUCAAAUAUUGAAGCCUUGGAGAAGUGAAGGUACAAAACUUUCUAAAAUAAAAUUUGAUAAAAAAGGCGGCUGAGCAUUUUUGCUUGAGGUUUCUGUUUCAAUGCUCAGAAACAGUUUUAGUUAUUGUCUUAUUUCAACAGAAAAAAGAAAAACUGGAGUUUUUCGUUCAGAUGCUAAAAAUCUUGCUGGACCCCGACAACAUGGUGACGAUGAAGGCGGAACGCAGCGAGUUCCUUCAGAUGUUCUACACGAAAUCCAUACAAACGAUGAUCAAGCCGAUUUUAGAGAACACUGAAGGACGAGUCUUGAAACGGGGUACAGUCUUGAAGUGUCGGAAAACUUAUUUAUGAGAAAAAUGGAAAAUCAAACGGCUGGAUGAAAAGAUGUGCUAAGAUUCAGAUGAAUUUUGAAAUUUUUUGGAUCAAAACUCACUUUUAAAUGGGAUUUUUUUCGCUCGCCUCACUUUACUGUUUUCAGAUGUUUUUCUUUUAAUAAUUUUGAUGGUUUUUUCUGUUAACGACUGGUAAUCCGGAGAAAAAUGCAUUUCUUGAAAGGAAGUACCGUGAUAUUGCAAAAAUUUCAGUGAAAAUGAACCUUUCUCGGAAUUCGGGCUAGAUUUUAGAGUAAGUGUCAAAAAGCAGAGUUCGAUUUUUUUUUUUUUCGGAUAUGAAUCGUCUUUUUUCACUGAGACUUCAAAUAGCUCUUAACCAGAAUAAUUAUUCAAAUAAAAAACUUCCAGACGACUACGUGACGGCGAACCGACAGUCGUUGAUCGUCCGACUACUGUACUUCUGCAUCGAACACCAUUCCUACGCGAUGCGGCAGUUCUGCAUAAACACGGAUCUGCUCAACAGCGUCCUCGUUCUGCUUCAGAGCAAACACACUUUCUUGUCAAUUUGUUCGUUUUUGAAAGCGAUUUGUUAAUUUCAUCUUUUCGGGUGCGAAAAACGAAACCUACAAUGACUGCGUUCCAUAAGUUUUCUCAAUUUAGGAAAAAAUUUUUUUGCGAAAUUUUAGCUCUUCUGUAGUUUCGAGAGUUCUAGCUUCAUCAAUAUACAUUCCCUUAGUUUUCACUACGUUUUUUCUCUCCCAAAAUUUUUUCCUGCAUGUAGGAGUCAAGAAAAUUUUAUCGAUGAUGGAUACCCUGUCAUCUCUCAUUUCAAUCAUUUCAGUCGCCCUAAAAAUGAUUCGCCGUGUGAUUUCCAAGAAGGACGAGUUCUACUACCGACACAUUGUUCGCGAAAAAGUGCUCGACCCUGUCUUCGAGUGUUUCAAGCGGAACGGAUCCCGUUACAAUUUGAUGAACUCGGUCAUGCUCAACCUCUUCGAUUUGAUCAAGACGGUGUGGUUUUUAACAUAGUUUUCUCGUCAGGAAUAAAGAUAGCUUCAAAAAAAAUCAAUAACAUUUUCGCCUUGCAGGAAGACAUCAAGAUGCUCUGCAAGUACAUCGUCGAGAACCACAGCGACGUGAUCGAAAGUGUGACCUACGUGAAGGUUCUGUCAGACCUGAAGCUGCGCUACGAACAGAACAAGGACCGCGAGGAAACUUCGAGCACGAGAUCCGACGACAGAAGCGCCGCCUCGAGUCCGCGAAGCUACAAGAAAGAGCGGCAGGUGCUUGGAAAUAUCCUCGAAUGGCUAGAAAAACAUGUAUAGCUUGAAAAGGAUAGGGAAGAGGGCUUCAAAAAUUAGCAAUUGAAAACGACGUCUUCCCUUAUUCCAGGAAAAAAACAAGAUAUGAAAAAUAAGAAGUAGAAGCAGUGAAAAGCAUCAAAAUUAUCAUAGUUCCUAUGUAAGGGAAAAUUUUUCCUAAAGUUCCCGAAAAGUUUCUCUGAUCUAGAAAAAAAUUGAAGAAAAAACUACGUUUUAUGAUUUUUUACUUUCAAGCUGCUCCAAUAAUCACAUGGAUUUGUGGCUCACUGUGCUUUCUGCCGCUCGCGUUGGCAUUAGGGUCGCAGAGUAGGGACUCUGGCAGUAGUGUGCCGCGUGUCCGAGUGGCGAAAGACUUGGAGUGCGGUUAGAGAGGCCAAAGGAUCGACUCCUCUCGCCGCCGCGCGUGAUUGCCCAAUGAGAUAAAGGACAAUAUGACACCUAGCACUCAUGAAGAAGACGUUGGCUCUUCUGGGGCUGACGUCUUCGACAAGUGGGUGUUCGCAUGAUACAGAUUAUGAGAGAUGAGGGCUUAUUUUGCAAUUUUGUUUUAUUUUUUGGAAACGUUUAUCAAUAAACUUUUUCAAAAUUCUAUUUUCCAGGAAGAACAGUGGUUCGAUGAAGACGACGACGAUGACGAACCCGUCGACUUCAAGAAAGACGUCGUGAAGAAGGAGGAUACACCACGAAAAACUGGCAUCGAACCCAUGUUCCCAUCGGUUCUGAAGAGGAAAAACGCAGUGGAUGAAGACGACCUUUCCGUUUUUGAGACCGGUUCUCUUUCCACAGUCCUGAUGCCCAAGAAAAUCGUCAUCAAGGUUUUCCUCAAUUUUCGCUUCCUAUAAUUAGAAUAAUUUCCUGCAGGUUAACUCGGAGAGAUCGCGAACGCCGUCGCCGGCAUCGCCGAGAGAAAGCGCCAGUCCGGCCAAGAGUCCCAUCAGAGAAGACGAAGUUUCUUCCUCGCAGAGCACCAAGGAGAACAGUCCGGCUCUGACUGUUAAGGUACAAGAAAGCCUGAAGGAACUCAUAAAGAGAGAACACUUUGAAGUCGCUGGUCGACUACGAUGAGUCGGACUCAGAUGACGAAGAGGAGGCCUCGCCGGACGCCAUGCCGUCGUCGUCCACCGGAAGUCCUGUCCAAGAGGAAGGGGUGAGUUCGGAUAAUUCAGAGCAAAAUACAAACUUCGAAGAAAAAUUGCUCAUUUUCAUCUAAACAUUCAUGCUGAAUCAGCUUAAGAAAGUUCAUAAUUUUUGUUGUUCAAAUUUACUUUUCGAAGCUUUGAAAAGGGAAAAAUUAAGAGUAGAAGAGCUCUCACGAUUAUCAGGGAUGCCUGUGAAUAUUUGAGUUUAUUCACUUUUACACCAAAGUUUUGGUCGAACUUUUCAAUUUUUUCCAAACCUGUUUCUAUAAAUUCCUUGUUUUUCAGUCUGGCGACAAGAAGACCAACGACGUGAACUCGCCCGAGCACAGCGACGUGUCGUCGUCGACCAACGAGAACGGCGACGGCAACAAGUCGCCACCGGACGGUGAACAGAAGACCGAGAAGACGGAGCCGCCCGACGCGACGACUGAGCUUCGCCGUGCGAACAAGCGACACUCGAGCGGCGACCAGGAUCCCUUGGAAGCCAAACGUCAUCGCAGCGAAGAAGGCGUCUCCGAAGCCUAG